AUGGUGCAAGCGGAAGUCUAUCCGGACGAAGUCGCCGUGCUGCUUAGUGGGAGCCCGGUGAUGAAGAUUGAUAAAACGAGCAAAAUCUACAAGUUAUCGCCGUUCGCUGACGAAAGGAGUGUCCUACGCGUGGACAGUCGGAUUGGAGCCGCAACGAGUGUGACAUAUGAUUUCAAGUUUCCCAUAAUUCUACCACGAUACCACCGGCUUACUGAACUCCUCGUCGAUUGGUAUCACCGGAAGUUCCGGCACGCAAAUAACGAGACUAUAGUGAAUGAAAUCCGACAGCGUUUCCAGAUACCGAAUCUCCGCACAGUUGUACGCCAGGUCGCAAAGAAUUGCCAGAGCUGUAAAAUUCGUAAGGCAUCUCCCGUUACUCCGAAGAUGGGUCCAUUACCUGCGGCACGAUUGGAGCAGUGUAGCCGACCGUUUACCUACGUAGGUAUCGACUAUUUUGGGCCGAUAUCGGUCAAAAGAAGUCGCAGUCUCGUGAAAAGGUGGGUCGCCUUGUUCACGUGUCUUACCGUUAGAGCCAUCCACCUGGAAAUCGUGCAUUCCCUCACGACAUAG